CUCGUCGCGUGUGCAUGGGCGCAGUUCUUAGAGUUAUCGACAUUAUCUACGGAACGCCAUGGUGCUGCUGAGAGUGAUCAAGUAUCUAGUGGGCUGCGUGGUGCGCGUCUGCAACGAGUUGUCCCAGAAUAUGUGUUCGCUGAACAAAAUGUUCAAGUACCAUUUGCUGGAGGUCAGCUAGGGAUCCCAGGAAUCGGAGAUAACCCCUUUAAGCCUGUAUAUAGUUUUCUGCCCCUGUCGAGCAAGUUCGUUGCUCAAGUCUUUUGUUAUGUGAUCCAAUAAAACAUAUUCCACCCACUCAAA